AUGGGGAUCAGACAUAGAGCGCCAUUUUACAAAAUUCAGGCACGAAAAUGUCGAGUUUUGAACCUGCACCCAAAAAGAGGAAGAAGAAACUGGAGCCAUGUCCAAACCCACUGUUUGUCAAAUGGCUGACGGAGUGGCGUGAUGAAGCCGCCAGCCAAGGGAAGAAAACUCAAUACGCCUUCGGAAAGGCACUGUAUGCACUCAAGAAGUACCCUAUGCUGUUGAAGACGGGAAGGGAAGCCAAGAUAUUGGAUAAUUUUGGCGACAAGAUCUGCAACAUGCUGGAUCACAAACUGGCUAAGCAUAUUGAAGAAAAUGGAGAUCCAUCACUUUCCUCCUUGGCGUUAAAUCACACUGGAUCCUCAUCGGCAUCAUCACCACCUCCAUCUGCAUUGUCGAGAGAUGAUGACAUACUUACAAUUCCUCCAGCCCCAGAUGACGGUGCUCUCGUAGAUAAAACGAGGAAGAGACGGCCAUCAAACCGGGGUCCGAGGGAGUACGUGCCCGUCUAUAGAUCAGGCCCAUAUGCAUUGAUCCUUACACUCUACAGGGAAUAUAAGAAACCUACAAGUAGAGGCUUCAUGCUGAAGACUGAACUCCAGAGGCAGGCCCAGCCGCUGAGCGAGAAAUCCUUCACAAUUCCCGAUCCUGGUUCUCACUACACGGCAUGGUCAUCAAUGAGCACGCUGAUAACCAAAGGCUAUGUGUCCAAGGAAGGCAACCCAGCCAGAUAUAGUGUCACUGAUGCUGGCUGCCAACUCGCCAAUAAGCUAGAAACAGUAGAAGCACAGUUUGGACAACACACAAGUAGAAGCCCUCCGAUUGGUGGAGCAGUGCCUGUAAAUAAUAAGCCCACUGCUCCAACUGGCCAAUCAAGGAAGAGGAAAGAGGCGACAAGAUCUGAUCCCACUCUCCACCCCACUGCACUUCCACAUACUGCCACAUCCCUUGCCACACGCCAUGACGCACCACUAUCCCGCGACGCACCCCCACCCACACAGGGUGAUAAGCUGGAGUAUUGGUACAUCGAUGACCAUGGGAACAAGGUGAUCACUAAGGAUGAUGCUGCAGUCACUGUUGAUGAUGAAAUAUCCAUAGGGUUUCUAAUCAAAGCUAACGAGACUGCAUUGAAGAAGUCUGGAGUGCGAUACAAGCGUGACUACUCCAUACCAGCAGAGGGAUGCAUGAUCUUUGCCUAUCUACACAAUGAUGAUGCCAUUGAAUAUUGCCCUAUUCCAACAUUAUCUGUCAAUAAAGUUGGAUCAGGGUCAAGGAACGACCCCCCACCUGCCAAAGACCCUCUCCCCAACCUCCCCUCCCUUACCACAUCCAAGACCACCAGCCUGCCGAAAGUGCAACCCAAAAAGAAGAAACCUCAGCAACGACAUGUGGAUAAACAGACAGACUCUCAGCUCAGCACUGCAUCCUCUGUCUCAACAUCGAGUAACCGUUCGACGACAAAAACAGCCAGCCAACUUAGCCGUGCAUCUUCUGAUGCGAUCCCUCCGUCCGCAUCAAAUGGACUUAAGUUUGCCUCAGACGUUGCGCAUCAGGCAUUCAGACAUUCUCAGUCCAGUGAACUUGACUCACAGACUAGCUCCGUGUCUGCCUUCUCAACCGCAUCGAGUAUCUCUGAUAGACUAGGGUCUUUGCAAGGCUCAAGCAGCCAAGACAGUCAUGGGAGGAGCUCGGCAAGCUCCAAGGAACCCCCAGUGCCAUUGUACGUGUUGGAACCAGGGACCUUUGACAUAGUGUUGUGUGUGGAUAACUGCGAGACAUCAGGAGGUUCAGCCAAAAGCAGAAAACAACUGCUCCUGCCGGAACUCCAGAAGAACGGCGUGAUGUUGGACGUCCGCAAGCUCCAAGUGGGCGACUUCCUGUGGAUAGCCAGGGAGAAACGGGUGCCCGUCCCCGGCAUGCUACAGAUGCCCACCGCCAGAGAAGUGGCACUAGACUACGUGGUGGAGAGGAAGAGAAUGGACGACCUGUGCGGUAGCAUCACGGACGGUCGCUUCAAAGAGCAGAAGUUUCGUCUCAAGCAGUCUGGUCUACGUAAACCGAUCUAUCUCAUUGAGGACUUUGGUUCCAUCGAUCAUCUGAGUAUUCCAGCCUCCACGCUGAAACAAGCAACCAUCAACACACAGGUCAUCGAUGGUUUCUUUGUGAAGCACACUCGCGACAUCAAAGAGUCGGCCGCCUAUCUGACCAUCAUGACCAGAUACCUCAAUGGGCAUUACUCGAACAAGACCCUGAAAGCUUUUCGCCGUGACGACCUGGAUAGGCUCCCUAGCAACCCCAGCCUGACGGACAGGGUGCAGAAACUGAUGACGUUCUCGGAAGUCAAUGACUCAUCUGUGAAAAAUAAAAACACAACCGUGACAGAGACAUUUGCCAAGCAACUCCUGCAGUUCAGUGGACUGACUGCCGAGAAAGCCUUGGCCAUCACGAGACUCUACCCAACACCCUCCCAUUUGCUUGAUGCGUACGAUACUUGUGCUAUAGACAAGGACCGGGAAAAGUUGCUGUCUCUUAUCAAAUAUGGAAAACUACAGAGGAAUGUUGGCCCAGUUCUCAGCAAGCUGAUUCACAUGUUCUAUUGCACCGACCGACCACUGUCGUGAUCUCAGAAAAUGGACAAAGCAAGACUCAAUGAUGUGCCCAGGUCAUCACCUAGCAAAAAUUGUGAUAUCAUCAGCAUACAGGCUUCCGAUUGGAUAAAACAACUGUAUUGUUGGGCACAUGCUUGCUUUACUCAAUCCCAGAAUUGUACCCCAUUCCUGAAAUUGUCAUUGUGCAUCAGUAGCUUUUGACUUUAUCUUCAAGAGAUGAGAACAUUUUAGAGUUUUUAAUUGAUAACAGAGUAAAACCUGGAGUCCAACUACCUACAGGGUUUUAAAUAAGAACAAGAAAUGAGUUUUAGAAACAAACCAGAAUAAUCUGCUUAUUGCAACACUCAGUCCAGCACAGAUAUGUGACGUGUCAUCACAAAAUGAGCUUAAAGUCUGACUUUUUAAGAAUUGAGUAUUUAUAUAUCUGGGUUCAGCAGAACAAGAGCUUUCCAAUGGUAUACAGGGUGGUUAAAAAAAAAGGACACCCACAUUUGACAGCAAUUUUCACCUAUUUUUAAAUAUUAUUUUAAACUGUUGAUUAGUAGCUAAUAAAGUACUGACCUUGAAGCAAAUGUGACGAAAAAAUCGUUGCAUUUGCACAUUUUGUCGUUGAGCUAUGCUAAUUUGAACAUUUCAUGUGCGAAACCUGUUUGUCCACGAAGGUAUACAUUCCCUUGGCUUGACUUAGCUCAGCUAUCGGAGCUUUAUUUGAAAGGGCAUGACAUUUGAUAGUUAUGUUAGGUCAUGUUAUGGAGCAAUGAACUUAAGCCAACAGCUCAUUGAGUAGAUGAUCUUAACACCGACAUGAAUAGUUGGACAGCUUCAAUAAAAGUUACCAGGGCAAAUUAUA